AUGGGUGCCAUACUCUCAACAGCUGUGCGCCCCUCGACGGCGGCGCCGACGAACAUCACGGAGCGAGGUCUCCAGGGCUACACAAAUGCAGUCUACUUCACUAACUGGGCUAUUUACGGUCGCAAUUACCAGCCCCAGAAUCUUCCGGCAUCGCAGAUCACCAAUGUUCUCUACGCCUUCAUGAAUCUUCGCGCGACGGGUGAAGUCUACGCCGCCGAUACCUAUGCCGAUUUGGAGAAGCACUAUCCCACCGAUUCAUGGAACGAUGUCGGCACUAACGCCUAUGGCUGUGUCAAGCAGCUCUACCUGUUGAAGAAGGCCAACCGCCGCAUGAAAGUCAUGCUCAGCAUCGGAGGCUGGACAUGGUCAACCAACUUCCCCGCUGCCGCCAGCACGCCUGAGGGCCGAACCCUCUUUGCUCAGUCCUCGAUCAAGCUCAUGAAAGACUGGGGUUUUGACGGCAUCGACAUCGACUGGGAGUACCCAGCCGACGCCACUGAAGCAGCCAACAUGGUUCUCCUGCUCCAGGCAGUCAGAAGCGAGCUGGACUCCUACGCCGCCCAGUACACUCCCGGCUAUCACUACCUAUUGACCAUCGCCUCACCCGCCGGCCCCAGUCACUACAACGUCUUGAACCUUAAAGCAAUUUCGGAUGUCAUUGACGCCUUCAACUUGAUGGCUUACGACUAUGCCGGCUCUUGGGAUGCCAAUAGCGGCCAUCAAGCGAACUUGUACCCGAACCCCAGCAACCCUUCUUCGACUCCCUUCUCGACCGAUGCCGCAGUCAACGAUUACCUCGCAGCGGGCGUUCCAGCAGCAAAGAUCGUUCUCGGCAUGCCAAUCUACGGACGCUCGUUCGAACAGACCAACGGCAUCGGCCAGCCGUUCUCCGGCAUCGGUAGCGGAUCCUGGGAAAAUGGGGUAUGGGACUAUAGGGCUCUUCCUCGAGCGGGCGCGACUGAGCUUUACGACGCCACGGCUGUUGCUUUCUACAGCUACGACUCAGCCGCCAAGGAGCUGAUCUCUUACGAUACCCCCGCUGUUGUGCGGACCAAGGUCUCCUACUUGACUGGCAAGGGUCUCGGUGGCUCCAUGUUCUGGGAGGCGAGCGGUGACAGGAUUGACAGUGGGAGUCUUCUGGCCACCAGCUUUAAUGCGCUCGGUGGCACUGGCACCCAGGACCAGAGUCUUAACCAGUUGAGCUACCCUAACAGUCAGUACGACAACAUCCGCGCGGGUGUACCGGGCGGUUGA